UACACUCUGUUGCUGCAGAAGGCAAUUAGGCUGUUAAAAAGGGUGAAAACUGCGGCAGCCACAAAAAAGGACCAUUUUUUUCCUCUACUACUUCCGGUGGCCAAGCUGUGUCGCGGUUGUCGAUAGUGUUUCGGAAAUUGUGCUAUGAUUCUCACGCGUGGCUUUCGUUCGUAUUGGCGUAGUGAAUGUUGCAAACGCUAGGAUGAAAUCCGUCCCAUGCCGUGCUCGCUGAAAGUGCACCGCGUUUUUCCAGUACGAAUGCCCUGGAGUGACAAAAGUGGCGAAAUCGUUAGUGCAAUGCAAGAACGGUGGUGUGCCUUUUACUCAGUUUAGUGAAUUCAUAUUUCAUCGUUGCCCAAGGAUUGCGAGACAACCAGCACUCCUUCCGGUGGGUGGAGCCGAACGGGAGGGUGGAAGAAAAUUGGAAUACCUCUUCGUCCCACUAGCGACUAGCGGUCAUCGCACAUUUUCGUUGCAAUCAUUUAUGAAAGAGGAUUAUGAAUGUGGACUAAAUCGAUUAACAUCGAGGUGAUAGUGAUUUGCUUUCUCUCGAUCAUUCCGUGGCCGGGACCGAGUGUGUUCAAGAUAUCAUGCUCCCGCGAAAGUUCGCGCGUCGUGCGCAAGAUCGUGCACUCGCGCUGGCUGCCGAUCCUGGAGAAGUACCAGGUAAAGCUCCCGCUCGAGUGUCCCUUCCAUCCGAUGCGCGACAUCUUCGGUCCACAGCAGAGCGCAAAAAAGCAGCACCGGCCGUCGCAGUGGACGUGCGGUUUCUGUGGCAAGAGCUUCUUCGAGGAGCAGCACCUUGACAUGCACUUUGAGAACCGGCACAAGACGAACAUCAACAUGGCCGAGGAUGCAAUCUGUCUGGCGGAUUACUGCGACAUGAUGCGGUGCGAGGUGCUGAUCGCGAAGGAUGCCACACUGGCGUUCGGUGGCGAUCCGAACGCAGUCAGUACGGACAUCGAAGUGUGGAGUGAGGCGACCGCCUAUAGAACCGCAUUAACCACCGCCGGACCGCGUGAUCUGGCGAAGGUGCCGGAAAGCCGGAAAUCGUUGUUACCGAAGAUGCUACAAACACUCAGAGACGACGUGUUCCGGGAUCGAAAGAAUGCCCAGGUGACAACCGGUACGAAGGGGGCGCCCAUGAACUGUGACAAAACGGAGCCUGCGAAGGGGAAGGGAGGUGCGCGAAGAGGCACUAAAGCUUCCGGUGAUGGCAAGGAAGCGAAUGAUCACUUGGUCGAGGACGACGACGAUGAGGAUGACGAGGAUGAGGAUGACGAUGAGGAAGACGAAGAGGAGGAGGAGUCAGAGAACGACAGUAACGCUACGUCACAGUGUGAUCAGCAUCUAGUCGAUUCCUCGCUACCACCAGUGGACCGGAAGCAGCAACGGCUUUCCGAGAUGCAGCGCAUGAAGGCCAACUGCAAGGCGGAGGAGAUCGGGCAGCUGAAAACACGUUGUGAGAUACUCGUGCGUGACUGCAUCAUUGGGCUGCUGGUGCAAGAAGAGCUAUCGUUCGACGACUUCCGUAGUAUGGAGCAGGAGCUUAACCGGGCCGUGUGCUGGUAUCUGACUUGCGAGCGGUACUGGGAAGAUGGUCCCCUCGAGCAGCGACCCUUUCCCUGGGGUCUCGUCUUCGUCCUGGUGAUGGUGCUAUCAAUGGGCGUUUGUCUGUGUUACUACAUCAUCUGGAUACUGUUCGACAGUGAAGAUUUCAGCCACCACCACCAAGGGCCUACGGGCGGCAGUGGUAACAUCAUUGGAUCGACUGGUGGCCACCAUCAUCUCGGAGUGGGACAUCUGACACCACAGCAACUGAGUCAUCAUCGGGGUGCGGGAGGUGUGGCUGGUAGUGGUGGGCGGCACUAUCUCCAGCCGGUGUCUUCCGGAAGUGGCGGUAGCGCUGGUACCGGCAUCUAUCGGUUGCAAGACGGUGGCCACUCGUCAUCGAGUCUCAACAAUCUGACGGCAACGAUCAGCUCCGGUAACGAUCUACUGCAUACGCCACAGAUUCAUGCCUCACCGGGAGGAGCUUCAUCCAUGCUGUACGCCGCAGCCGUGGCAGACGAUGGAGGAUAUGGGUACGCCACCGGUGCUGGUAGCGGGGUAACCAGUGGCGAUGUAUCGCUGGUGGCUUCCGGAUCCGGUGGUGGUAGUGGUGCGGGGGGCCUUGUAUCUGCAUCGGCCACCGGUGGCGGCGAGUUCGGUGAUCUCGGCCAAAGCGAACACUACAUCUACGUGACGUACCCGCCGGAACUGAAGCGGCGGCUGCUGGAAAGGUACGGUAGAGACAUUUAUAUGCAGCUCUUGCGCAAGGAUGUGUACGAUUACUACUAGAGCGAUCUUUCCCUCUGCAAGCGAUGUUUGCUCGUUUCUCGAUGUUACUACUCGUUGCCCUAUCACCUCUUCCUUUUUUCCACCGGUUCCGUUAAGCUGCGUUUUCGGUUUGACCUGCUCACGUUUGUGGUCGGAUAAUGUGGAUUUGCGUUCGGUUUCUUAUGUUUGCUCCUGUUUUCCUUAUGCGUUGCGAUAUGAUGUUUCGUGCUCUUGCAAUCUGCUUUAUCUGUGUGUACUCUUUCUCUCUCUUUUACCAACAUCUUGCGUCCUCCCUCCUUACUCUUAUGUCGGUGUAAACGCGUUGAAUUAAUUUUAAUUAACAUGAAUUGCGUCGUCUUCGACGUGUUUCAUUAUCUGUGUCCAGUAUUGCUUCUCUGCUCAGUUUGCAAUUAAACAAGAUCCUAAACUAGCUCAUGAAUUGGAACACCAUUUUUGAAGGAAAAAUUACUAUAGAUUAGCAAAUUGCUCUAGCUGUCUUUGAUUCGUAUGAAUGCGGUCACAUUAGGCCACAGGGCACAGGAAGAGCGAUCGAUCAGGCAUGAUACACACAUACGAUAGUGUAGAGACCAAAUUAGUGAUAAGGAACGAAGGAAUUUGCCGCAUUGAAAGGUUGUAAGGGAACAUACUAGCAGAAGCAACAGUUCCCGCAAUUUUGUACAUUACCGAAGAGUUAGACGUUUCCCUAUAGUAUAGUACCUAAGGCAAAGCCAGUAAACGCAUUUCGAAUCGUCCUCCUUCGUCUGUCGAAUCUACAUUCAGCGGUAAUUUAGAACGUCUCGGCUUACAUGACCACGCUGCCACUUGAAAGAGUAGGAAAAACCAUGGAUUAGGAUAUUCUAGAAUAGACAAUUAAUGCUAGCAUAAAGUUGAUUGAAAAAGCAGAAAUCAGUAUUUUAACAACAAAGGCGUUUACCUAAGCGCUUUGUGGUGUUCACAGCACUCACGCGUACCAGUAGAAAAUACUUUCUUCACACCCUAGCAGCCCUAGUGAUCUGGAACAAGCUAGAGCGAUCUUGUAGCGCUACAUAACACAGUACAAACUCAAUUUUUCACUCAACUAUAACAGGCAGGGCCUCCUCUCUAGUGAAUGCAGCAGCAGUAAGACUAGCAAUGAAGUAAGUAAUAAAAUGUGGACUCUCGUUUGAGCACAGUAAAGAAUAUUGCUGACUUAUUUCUUUAUCAAUAACAAUUUUCAUCAUAUCCAUGACACAACAUAAUCAGUAGAAUUCAUCUAGAAAGACGAUCGUGAAAUGCAACGUUGUAACAAGCAACUAAACAAGCGACUCAGCAUUUGAACAGUGCAGAUUUCACAGUUUCAAAUUGUUUAUUGUUUCUAGGCUUCCACAGCAAACGACGCAACACAAACGCAUUUACAAUGAUCCAUAUACGUAGAUUCACCCUAAAAUUAACCAAAUCCCAAAUGUCUUCCCAGAGUUGUUGUCUUAGUUGGUGUUCACUGCUUACCUAGAGCGUCUAUAGUUUUAGAACUGCGUGAUUAAAUCCCUACUGUUCCACCUCCUCAUGUAUUCACUAUUGUGUGACUUUCCUCUAUUAAUCCUGUCCAUUUUGCGCCUUGUCUAGAAUUACUUUGGAGAAGUAUCCCAAGUGUUGCGUGUGUAGGCAAGCUGCUGUAAGCAAACCGUAGACUAGAAGAUGCUUGCGAUCCGAUGUGAUCCUGUUUUUUAAUCUUCUAUCCGUCUUCUAUCUUCUAUCCCCCUAUAAUAUCUAAUCUUUAUUCCAUUCCACGCCUUUCGCCCCGUUUUAGUUCCCUCUAGCUGCCACCUAGGUUUUGCUCUGCCUGUGUUGUUCCUCGACUACUGUACUACUUCAUCAUCUUUAUCAUCACCGUUCAGUAACCGUCCGUAACCGCCACAGCGCGCCGACGAGCAUUAGUCAUUUUUGAACGCCCCUAGUAAAGAAAUUGUCCAUUUUACUAGUUCUCCUCCUUUCUCUCUCUCUUUUUCUUGUUACGACCCCUAUCAUAUUUUCGCCAUUUCUUUCUCCCUUUUUCUGCCUUUUUUCGCGUUCUUUUUUAUUGUCAUUCUUUCUCUUUUUCUCUCUUUCUCUAGCUGCUACAAUAGAACGACACGGCUAUGAAAUUUAGAUGAAAUUGAAUCUGAGAUAAAUUUAUAUUAAAAACCAAUAGAAAUCCGCAAUGAUGGCGUUAAGAGUCAGUCGAUAUAAACGUAGCAGAAAUUCUAUCGAAAGCUGUAACUAUAAUAUAAUAGAACCAAAAGAAAGAGAGAAAUCGUGUUGAAUGCACUAUAUUAUAAUGGAGACAUCUUUGCACCGUUUUCUACAGAUUGCUACAAAGUGUCUAGAAAGAGGAAUGUGGGAAUGUAAUACUGUUAUGGAACAAAGCGAUAUGCGACAGUGGAUGCAAAUCUUCAUAGAUUUAAUAGUAAUAAACAAAAAAUUGAUGAUGCGAGAUGAAAUCGAAAGAAACGUUGUGUAAAGCCGACCGAAUCAGUCUAACCGGAGAGUGAAUGAAAUGAAAAGCGAUAGAUUUCUUCGAUUAGUUUUUUGCAUCCUUUUGUUUUCUAGCCAAUGCACUUUUGAUUGUUCUGUAGACAAUCUCGUAAUAUACGUAUACUUAGUUGAAUAGAUUUAUACCGUAGUCUCGUUUCGAAUGAAAUGUGUUAGUAAGAUUUCGUUGCUCCGCUUCGAACCCGUAUAAGAACAGAUAUUUGCAAAUAGAGUUUCAUUAUGAUUUUGGCCCCAAGAUGAGAUCAGGACUAUAUGCCCCUUCUUGUUGGAAAGCUGAUAAAUACGGUGAUAGUGAAUCCUUGCGUCACCGAAGCAAAUUACCGUUCCGUUUCACCGGGAAUUAAGACUGACAAAGUGAAAGGUUUACCAUUUCCGAUUUCAAACCAAUGGAAAGGUAGUUGACAAUCGAUACUAAACGCAGGAAUAGUUCAAACUGUAUCUGCUGCUUUCGUACUAAGCCAUGAUAAUUACAUUUUUAUUUUUCACUUCUCUAACCUUCUGGGUAGAGAUGGCAAACAGCAGUGAGAUUGCAUACGGGAAACGAUUAAUUUUGACUUUUCGCUCCGUGCUGCAAUUUAAGUCAUAAUGUAUUGGCAGCAACAACCACGGAUUCGCGGAUAUCUCUUUAUCCGUACAUUUGUCAAUCCAUAUUUCCCGCUUCUUUUUAUUGAUAAUAUUCUUAAAAGUACAAAUGUGUGAAAGAAGCAGUGAUUCACUGCUCGCCCAGUGAGAGCAAAGUUAGGCUAAAAUAAAUUCAACAAUGAAUCAAUCAUAAGAAACAAGAUUGACGCUAGUGGCUAAUCUGUCGACUCAUAGAAGGAAUGAACAUAGGAACAACCAACGUACAACGAUGAAAAAAGAACGGGAUGUUGCUGCGAAACUAUCAGAACUGUUUUGUGUCCGAUCCGCAACAGAAACUCAGUGAUGUUACGGUAGUAAGACAAGACAGCAGCAACUACCACCAUCCCCACUAUCUAUCUUCAUGCAUAGGAAACACAAUCGAAGAAUUCGAAUAGAACUUAAAUUUUUUAUGAAUCCCUUUUUCUAACAUUCUAUUCGCUCGCUGCAUUUCUGCGCAGUGGAUUGACUAGUAACGAGGGCUUGUAUGAUGAGGAUUAAUAUGAUAAUAGACCAGCAGCGUAGAAUAUGCCAUCCGAUGCCACUUGAACUUGAAUGGUCGCAAAAUGGAUUCUUAACUCCUAUUGAAGCUUUACGAUGUACCAUACGUUUUCUACUGCUACUUUACAUAAACAUCAACUGAACUGUACUUAUUUCAUUCUCAAGGACCACGGACUUUCGUACUACCUGCUACAACACAACGAAUAGUUUUUUGCUUUGGUCAUAUAAAUUAGAAAAUUUGUAAAAUAGGCACUCGUUCCCGACGUAUGUACUGUAGCAAUUGCGAAAAUGAAACAAUCGCUAAACU